CCAUUGCCAGACAGUUACACACCGUCCGUCAGUAUGUUUCCUGCUGUGGAAUGGAAAGGGUAUCCAGAAAAAGAGCUCCGUUGAUGAGGCCGAUUGUUGAAGCUUUUCGAUGUCUGCUCGAAUUUGGUACCGAGCCAAUUCAGAACUGUUGAAUUACGAUGAAGUCAACCAUAGCCUCCGAUAACUAUGGCAACUGUUUAAGAAGAGUUUUGAUAGGUGAAUCGAAAGUUCCUUGGUUAUAUAUUCUCUGUGACUGGAUAAUAAUCUUUUUGGCUGGAUUUCCUUAGAAAAAUAAGCAAGUUUAUCUAUCGAAUUAUCGUCCUUCGAUAAUCCUGACUAAGUCUAGCCUCAAGACAUUCUAGUUUUUAAGGUGGUGUGAACUGGUUUACACCAACUUCGGAGGUCAAUAUGCAUCCAAAGAUGUCGAUAUUCCACGGCCAUUGCAUAUCAGUGUGACAAUCCAACCCAGGUUAGUUCAGUGCUUAUAUCCGGAAAGACACGAUAAGAUUACGUAAAGAUAACGUCUCCCAUUGUGCGCUUUCUCCGUGAUAAGAGUGAUAAAAGCCUUGGCGUCGAACCGGCAAGCCUGAGUCACACCAGUCUUGCUUCAAUCACAGAGUGAAUCUGAGGGAAACUUGGAUACCAUGGAGAUAAUGAACCGUUUACUACAUUUACUUAUUCUUACUUUUGGUUUAGCAUGGAGUAUCAAGGUCGGCCCUGUCCGUCUGGCCUCUAUGGAAGAAUACAUCACCUACAGCGGCGGACCAUCCGAAAAAAAGAGCGUGAUCGAGUGUCCCGUGGCUCUGGAUGGAGCCGAGACUCUUAAGGAAGUCUCCUGGGUGUUUAGUGACGGAGGACAUCCCAUUGGGAGAUACUUCUGGAACAAGAAAUCACAGGGGAAAGCUGAAGGGCGAUUGAAGGAUGUAGUUCGACUCGACAGGCAAGACGGAGCAAUAGAGCUGACAGAACUCAGGUACAACUUGUCCGGGUUCUACUCUUGUUCGGCAACCACGGACGAAGGGGACAGCGACGAGGCAGCGCCAUGGGAGGUUCUUAUCAUCGAUUUUAACGACAAGUCUCCGACUGCGGGUCUCUACGCCAAAGGCGAGUGUGGCUUCGAAAGCUCGUUCAAGAUCUCGGCCUUUUAUCCUCAGCCGACGCUCCACAGCGGCCUUUAUUCGGAAUCCCUAGGAGGAUUCUUCGAGGAAGUCGCGUCCAUCGACUGGUACAAGCAGGGAUUCGAGAAUGGGUCGUAUUCCUACUCUCAUCAGAAUGUCCUCUUCAAGAUCAAAGAGGACACGCCACACGACGUCUACUUCUUGAGCAGUGUGGGAGUUUCCAAGAAGGAUGGCACCUACAUUCCUCUCUUUUCAGUGAAAAGCUACAUUCAGAUCUUCGAAGAACAGGGAUGUCACCCUGUCAAACUAGAUGCCUACCAGAAGGCAGAAUAUAGCAACGGCGGCGCCAGAAACUGCAGAAAAGAGAUUCGACAGCCUGCAUCAGGACAAUUAAAGGCUGUAGUGAGUUGCAUGGACGGUUACGAACCAGCUGGAGACAGUGAUUACGAGAGCAUGGAGCUAACCUGCAACACGAAGAUUUGGGAAUGGGGCGUCCUCCAAUGAGCACCCGAGUCUCUCACACAUCAAAUGUGUUCAGGAUUAUGAUUACGAUGACGACGAGGGAGGAUCCGCAUUUACAGCUGCUGGCUGCCCGCUGUUAAUUCUUCUCUGCAUUUACCUGCAGCGACUUCUGCUGUAAAAGGAGGCUUGAAUGUCAGGCUGUACAGUCACAAUAAGGUGUCCGAGUUGUCUGUUGAAUUCAGCAAGAAAGAGCUAGCUUCCUGUUCUUUCAGGGAGUGAACUUAUAAAGGAAAGUGGGAUUUGGUGAAUGCAUUGUUCUGUAAACAAUUCUCCAUAAUAAGGGAAAAAUGUGAAUAUCUUAAAUAUUGAUUUAUGUUUCUGUAUACGAUUGAUUGAUUGAUGUGAAACUUUACCAUGGUGCCACAACAACUUAGGUCAUCGACGUCGUGUUUCUGUAUACAAGUGCUGUCGUGGUAGAUGUGUGAACAGUGACGAGAGAACUUUUUAGUUACGAACACAAUUCCUCAGCGUAAACAAAAACUUUUUAAUGGCAAUCUAAUGAUCAGAUUUAAGACAUAGAUUAAGAUAACGGUUUGUCACAAGGUGAGACUCUUUCCUCCUGUUUGUUUAGACUGAAAUUAAAAUUCUAAAUGUUUUUCAAUAAAAAAACUCAUUUUUAUGAAUGUGGUAUUGAUUAUGACAUCGACCAGUGGAGUAAUGUACAGAAACGAUUUUGCACAUAGCCUAGCUAUGUGCGAAGGUUUUUUCUUCAGUAAGAGUAAAUUUCAAAUUUCACAUGAAAUUUCGAGGAUAUGGGAAACCCUUGCUGGUAAAACUAUGAUUUAACUUUUUUUGAUACUGCUAAGUUGACCGCUUAGCUUCAACAUUCGUAAAUAAAAUGUAAACAACUGAAAA